AUUCAGAAAGUUUGAGAAAAAGAUAUAAAAUUCUUUAAUCCCAUAUAAUCCUUCUCUGUAGUAAGCCAUACGGCAAAACCAUUCAACAGUUUAUCAUUCUUCCAUCCUUAUAUAAACCAGCCAAGCUACCAAGCUCAGCUUCACAAUAACAACCAUGGCUUCCCAUAAGAUCAUCUUCUUCCUUCUUUCUUUUCUCCUACUCUUACAGACAAUUUCUGCGGUUCAGUUCACGGUCACCAACAAAGCCGUCGGAACUCCCGGUGGCGUCCGCUUCAACAAUGAAAUCGGCAUGGACUACAGCCGACAGAUAUUGGUAGCUGCCACUGAUUUUAUAUGGAAUAUUUUCCGGCAAUGGUCCGCUGCAGACCGGAAGAAUGUGCAGAAGGUUAGCCUGUUCAUCGUCACAGACUACGACGGAGUGGCAUUUGCUAUCAACAACGAAAUUCACAUUAGUGCCGAUUAUAUUGCAAACUAUGGCGGGGACUUGAAGAGGGAGAUAACAGGAGUAUUAUACCACGAAAUGACUCAUAUCUGGCAGUGGAACGGGAAGCCGAGUGCACCGGGGGGGCUGAUCGAAGGGAUCGCCGAUUACGUACGGUUGAAGUCGGGGUACAUUCCGGGGCACUGGGUGGGGCCGGGCGGCGGGAGUGCGUGGGACGAAGGCUACGACGUGACGGCGAGAUUUUUGGAUUAUUUAGAGGGGCUGAGAAAUGGGUUCGUGGCGGAACUUAACCGGAGGCUAAAAAAUGGCUACUCCGCCUAUUACUUCGUGCAGUUGCUGGGGAAGCCGGUGGAUCAGCUCUGGGCAGAUUACAAGGCAGCCUAUGGAAAUUAGGACUUUGAUUAUUAGAAACAAGAAAAUAAGGCUGUCUAUGUAAUUAAUUAUUAACUGCUUAUUAUGUGUAUGCAAUAGUUUUAUAAUUUGAAAUAAAAAUAAAGGAGGUCUUGGCCGGCUUUGUCAUAA